AUGGCUUCUACCGCCCCGAGUGUGCAAUGCUUCGGCAAGAAGAAGACGGCCACCGCUGUCGCCCACUGCAAGCAAGGCAAGGGCCUCAUCAAGGUCAACGGCCAGCCCCUCUCUCUGGUCCAGCCUGAGAUCCUGCGCUUCAAGGUCUACGAGCCCCUCCUGAUCGUCGGCGCUGACAAGUUCGCCGGUGUCGACAUCCGCGUCCGCGUCACUGGUGGUGGUCACACCUCCCAGGUCUACGCCAUCCGUCAGGCCAUCGCCAAGUCCAUCGUCGCCUACUACCAGAAGUACGUCGACGAGCACUCCAAGAACCAGCUCAAGCAGGCCUUUGUCCAGUACGACCGCACCCUGCUGGUCGCCGAUAACCGCCGGGCCGAGCCCAAGAAGUUCGGUGGUCGCGGUGCCCGCUCCCGUUACCAGAAGUCGUACCGUUAA